GCGAGCUCUGCGGUCCGGCCUAUCUCGAAGCAGCGCUCUCGGAGCGCCCGGAGGUCGGGAUCGGGCGGUCUCUGGGCGCCAUGGCGGCCGUCGCGGCCCUGCGGCUCUUGCGGGCGCAGGUGCCUGGCUGGCUCCGGCGCGGCCCGUGCGCCCCGCUCCCUGCCGGCUUCUGCACCCGGGGGUCGGCGUCGGCGGCCGGGCGGCAGGAGCCGGAGCCGCGUCCCACGGUCGCACGGCAGCGGGACGGCAUCAGGAAUGUCAUCUUGAGCAAUCCCAAGAAGAGGAACGCACUUUCGCUCGCAAUGCUGAAAUCGCUCCAGAAUGACAUCCUUCACGAGGCCGACAGCAAAGAUCUGAGAGUCAUCAUCAUUUCAGCUGAGGGGCCUGUCUUUUCUUCCGGGCAUGACUUAAAGGAACUGACAGAAGAACAAGGCCGGGAUCACCAUGCCGAAAUAUUUCAAACCUGCUCCGAGGUCAUGAUGCUGAUCCGGAACCACCCCGUCCCAGUCAUUGCCAUGGUCAACGGCCUGGCCACGGCCGCCGGAUGUCAGCUGGUCGCCAGCUGCGACAUCGCCAUAGCCAGCGACAAGUCGUCUUUUGCCACGCCUGGGGUGAACAUCGGGCUCUUCUGCUCCACCCCUGCGGUUGCCUUGGGGAGAGCAGUGCCUAGAAAGGUUGCCUUGGAGAUGCUUUUCACCGGGGAGCCCAUUUCCGCCCAGGAGGCCUUACUCCACGGGCUGCUCAGCAAGGUGGUGCCGGAGGAGCAGCUGGAAGAAGAAACCAUGAGAAUAGCUAGAAAGAUCGCCUCCUUGAGCCGGCCCGUGGUAUCUCUAGGCAAGGCCACCUUCUACAAGCAGCUGCCCCAGGACCUUAGAACGGCCUACUACCUGGCCUCCCAGACCAUGGUGGACAACCUGGGCCUGCAGGAUGGGCAAGAAGGAAUCAAAGCCUUCAUCGAGAAGAGAAAACCCGUCUGGUCUCCCUGAGUCGGCAUCAGCAGAGGAGCGGACGAGGGGACAGCGCCCCCAUGCGUCUCCCUCACAUCCCCCACCACCACCACUGCGGCCUCCCGAUCUAACCAAAGGUGGCCUGCCCUGGUGACGUUGGCAGUGGCUGCACGGCGUGUGCCAUGGAUGGACAGCCAUUCUGCACAUUGCAGUGGUGGGCCCAGGAGCACCAGCAGGGGCCCAGCUAUGCACACAGCCUGGUAUUGGGUAGACAUGUCACAGCAGCUCGCGCGCGGGGACCCCCUUCCCUGGAGAGAGGGAGGGAGCAGCUGGGGCAUGAGGGCGCGACGCCAGCCUGACUCAGGCCCGAAAUGACCUCCAAGGAGGAAGUCAAGUCCGCUUGCCCAAGCGAGGCGAAUCGUUUCCAGUCUCCACGAGAUUCUCUCCACGUUGAAAAUCCUCUCGAUUCUACUGGGGAAUAAUCAUGCCUAGGGCUUUGGAAUCAUCUUACAGGAUUCAAAUAGACAGUAUUUGUAGCAACUGGUCAUUUUAUCUUCCCAGACUAUAAGCUGUCUAAGAAAAAAAAAAAUUAGCUCUUUCUUUGCGUGCCCACUCUGAUGGACACAUGAGGGAUCGUCACAGAAUGAAAAAAACAAUGUGUACUAUUUUUUUAAAAAUCCAUGCAUUGAUUUCAAAAAAAUUUUUGCAACAAAAUAAACACAUUCUUUAAUUCCU